UGUGAUCAGGCCGUAUGAAGAAUCGCUCUGGGAUUAUUGUUCAAGCGACACCAAUUGUUCCACAAAUCUUUGGUACACUUCAUGCGACAAAAUCAACUACCUGUCCUGUGUAAAACGUAACUGUGAUUCAUAUGCAAUGGAUGGUAGCUUUACUUGCAACUCGUCCCUUCUGUACUGUGCUCAAGACACACUCAAAUGCGAGCCAUACCUUUGCUCUACAAGUGACCAGAGAGACUGUAAGCAGGGUACUGAAUGCAACUUCGACAAGGGCUACUGUGAUUGCCCGGACGGCUUCUCCAUGUUGGAUGGAGAAUGCUCAGCAGUGUUCGAUCGCGAGUGUUCCGAUAACUCGCAGUGCUCUUCUAAGAACGGACGAUACGUGUGCCAAGACCAACAUUGCGCGUGUGACCCCAAUCUUUGGGUUGAGGAAGACGGCUUAUGCAAAUCACCCGCGAGAAUGCCAUGCACUACACCAGCAUGUGGGGCCGAGACAAACACUACGUGUUUUGAAGGAAUAUGCGAUUGCAUGCCGGGAUAUAUACUCAGCGAAAAUGCAUGUGUUUUAGUGAUUCAUGCACGGUGCUCGGUUGCCUCCGAUUGCCCAACGGAAUUUUGUCGGAACUCUAGCUGCAGUUGCCCUGAGGGUCACGCCUGGGUGCCUAAGUCAUUAACAUGCCAGAAAGUGCUUGAUUCUUAUUGCAAGGAUAUUCCUGUUUGUGCUGAUCCUUUUACCGAAGAUUACAGAAGAAUUUACACUGAAUCGUGGGUCAUUAAUGACCCUUAUCACUGGGGCUUUAAACGCGCUUACUACUGCAAUGUUGAAAACAUUUGCAGUUGUGCACCAGGUUAUAAAAGGACAGCAAACGAAUUGGGAUGUACACCUAUCCAUGGAGCUAAUUGUACGUCAAACAGUGACUGUUCUGGCGAUUCCGACGUCUACUCGAAGGCGUUUACUUGCAACGUGGGGACGUGCGAGUGUAACGAACAACAUAAACAAACAUCUGUCUUGGAUCAACACUCAAUGUAUUAUAGUGUAUAUCCAGAAGAUUACUACACCGCUCAAAACGAAUUCAUUUGUCGACCUUAUGUAGGAAUGGACUGCAUGACUACAGGCUACUAUACGCAAGUGCCUGAUGCAACCUGCAUGCCAUACACAGGGAAUAGCUAUUAUAUUGGGACCUACGAUGUUGCCACUUGUAACAGUGGUUUUGAGGAACAUGGAAACUGCAUCUGGCUUCUCGGCGCGGAUUGCACAGAAUACGAAGAAACAUGUGAACUCAUUGAAAAUGCUAGAUGUAGCAUUGACAAGAUUUGCACCUGUAAGGAUGGCUAUUUCACUCCUGAGUGGGACCCCAACAAUUGUCAUAAAGUUUUGAAUCACCCUGACUUCGUCUGUGAUCAUGACACGAACUGUACAGAUUUCACUUCGGGUUCACUGUGUGUUUCUGGUGUGUGUCUUUGUGCAGAAGACUUCACAGAACAUAACGGCAUCUGCGCACCUUCUGGAGUCAUUGGUAUCGCCUGCUACGACCAAUUCAGCGUUAUUCCUGAUCUCUUCCGUCGGUCCCCAGGCUACAAGCUAAGUCAAUCUGAAAUGGCGGUCCAAGACAACGGUUUGAAAGAAGGAUGGUACGAUAUUAGGUCGUAUUUGCCAGCGACAUUGGCUGGCGUCAUUGAGAGGGGGAUGUGUGGAUCGUUUUAUCCUGUGUUUAUGACAGAUGAACUGACAUCUGAUGAUUACGACAUCUUAAAUGACAAUAUGGAAGUUACUAAAAAUGUAGUCAUUGGUGGACUAGAACCUUACGAUGCAGUUGCUACCUACCCUAUACGAUUACGCAAAUGUGGUGAUGACUACCAUGUUUAUCUGACUGCAACACCAAUACCAUUUUCGGCUUAUUGCAUCGAAACAUACCGACCGUAUCACAUUGGAGGAAAUAUAUCAGAUAUAGCAGUCACAGUUCAGCAGAGUCUGGAGUUUACAACUGAACUGGAUACCUCUGCAACCAUAAUCUAUGAGCCCAACCUCGUGUUCAUUUGCAACAUACCACGCAGCGAUGAUCCCUAUGAUUACUUUAGUCAAUGCAUAGCUUGUUAUCCAGAUUAUAACAUAAACGAUGGAUUUUUCUAUACAAUUAACUGGUAUGUAAAUGGCGAACAAAUCAAGAGAUCAGGGCCGUUUUCUAGAAUGAACCUUUACCAAUCAAAACUUUACGAAAAUGAUGUUUUGGACAGAUAUGGUAAACUCGAAUCCGGUGACGAGGUACGCUGUUCUUUUGAACGGUCCGAAACACUGUUCGGCAUCAGAUCCACGCCUACAUUCAGCGCUCCAAGCCACGUUGGAUUCUACUCGUGGGUGGUGAAUGCGUCGUCUGAAGGCGCGUUUGCUGUGACGUUGUUGUCACAAACACCAAUUGGUUGUAGUACUCCCGACUACGUCACCGACGAAUACUGUACCAUUUGGGUUAACCUGGCGCAAGACGGUGUCUGUCCUUUUCAACUGUCAACAGACGAUCAUCACCUUUGUGGAGUAAACAUAACUGGUUUCACAAACUACAAGCUGCAAAUGAAUGGUGGAUAUCGGUCAAGCAUGUUAAGCGAGUUACAUCAGCGAUAUGAGUAUACUUUUAGUGCAGAUUACACAUAUCAAACCUACAUAGACACGACCUAUGGGAUAAAAAUCAUCGUUUCCGACGAAAUGCAUGAACGGACGAAUCUCUUUAAGGCGUCGUUUGAAAGCCUUGUAACAGAUCAUGAGAUCUUAAAUGGUUUACAUAUUCCUGACUUGAUGGUGUACGUCGAAACUAAAAAUUUAAAUUUGGGUCGCUACUUUGAAAUCAGGUGGAAUGAUGUUUCUAACAGCCCUGAAAUUUUAAAAAUUGAUGCAAGAAAUACUACAACAAGUUUAGACGUUAACGCAAUCGGCGAAUUUUUAGUUCUAAGGAGUAACCUGUAUCCCAUCGAGAUUCAAAUAAAAACAGAAGCUUGCCAACACGAUUCAUCAACCAUUUGUGUAUGCGCAGUAACGUUUAGGAAUCGAAACGAAAUAUAUACCGUGGACCUGUGUGAUUCGAUCAGCCGAGAGGGUUUCCUAUACGUUGGUCAAGAGGAAGAUGCUCAACUGGAUUUGUUUCAUUCUGGCGUGAUUUACGUGGAGUAUCUAUCCAGUAGCAGCCAAUCAAUCAUCCUAAAAAAUGGAUUAUCACUCGAAAUUUCGAGGAACUACGAUACAAGCUCACUAGAACUGGUUAUAAAUGAUGUUGGCGGGUUUGAAGAGUUUACUGAAUUGGAUGGUCUUGCUGCUUUUCAAAAUAAUCAGUAUAGACACGGUGAUGGAUCGUUUGGAACUGACAGCAAUGGCUUUAUUAACAGUUGGAGCGUGACAUCAAGUGAAAGCCUUCGUAAUCCUUCCAACUUCAAGAGUUAUGCCUUUAAUGAUACCUUCUACCAGUGCCACUGCCCAUCAUCAAGUGAGCUCCAGGAUAAUCACGAGUUGUCUGGAGAUGUUGAUUCUUAUUAUGACGUACCUUACAUGUACGAUGGAAUUAAACGUAACUACUACAGCAGUGCGUUGAAAUGUUCGCUGACCACAGAGUGUACUUCGUCGCACACCGGGGACACUUGGCAUACAUCCUCUCUGACCCCAAGCAUCCAAGUUGAUGAUUUGGCAUACGAGUUCGAUACAGAUACCUUGAUCUGCAGUUUUGUUCCAGUGGAAAACAAAUUACAUUUCAUUGAAUGGUUCAACGGCGAUACGCUUAUCGACUCUGGCUUUUUCGAUAGUUCUACUACUGACUCUUCGCCUCAACGACUGAAUAUCCGGUCAACGUUGUUUACGACGUCAGGAGAGGAGUGUUAUAUUUCCACCGUACGGUGUGAGGUGACCGUCUACGAAGACUUACAGACCCCAGUUGGACCAACCAUUUAUGGAAGAUUGUUUGAAUAUCGGGAAGAAUUUCCAAAUGAGAUGCUUACAUUUUGUAUGAUCGACGGUCUGUGUUACGAAGCAAACUUUACAAGCCCUUUCGAGGACACCCAUGCGUGCUUUCCGUCAGUUGAUCCAUACAGAUGGAUGAAAGAUCCACUGCUUGAACGAAAUCCUGGUGACCCUUGUGUUUUGGGGCAACGCCAGUGUGAUACAGUGCUUGGGGGCGGCUUUUGCGACGAAGUUACUCAUCUUUGUCAGUGUUAUCCAACACAUACGGAAAAUGAAAAUGGAACAGAAUGCUAUAGCAAAGUAUGUACGUCCUUCGAUGAAUGUAUAUCCAUGUACAACAUACUAAAUGCCGAGUGCAUAAAUAAUGAAUGUGCGUGCCCGAGUUGGACAGAGCCAGACACUGCAGGAUGCUUACCAAAAGUACCUGGCAGUGAAUGUACGACUGAUUUUGAUUGUGGACACAUGAUUGGAAGUUUAUGUGACAAUUCAACGGGCCCUGCUCAAUGUGUAUGUGGAAGUCAGUACAAACCCGUCGAUGGAGACUGCCAGCUGUUAGGCUUAAAUGACCCAUGCAACUCAAACUUUGACUGUUUGUCGGUGUUUAACUCUGCCUGUUACGAGGGGGAAGACGGUGUUGAUGGAUUGUUUUGUGGCUGUCGCUAUGGAUACGAAGAUAACAGAUUCGGCGAAUGCAAUUCGACAGGCCAAUUGGUUAAGCCAAGUGAUCAAUAUCAAUAUAGCACGUAUUGCAAUGAGAACGUUGAAUGUACCGACAGUCUAUGGUAUCCAUCUUGUGAUGUGUAUGGAAUGAAUGUGUGUUCUAAAAAAACAUGUGACCCAUGGAGUUCAGAUACCGGAUGUAACUCAUCACUUCUUUAUUGUAAUCAAGAGUGGCAUUACUGCGAGCCAAAUCUCUGCUCAGCCGAGAACCAACGAGACUGUAAAGGAUUGUUCACGGAGUGUAAUGUUGCAAAGGGUUACUGUGACUGCAUUGAUGGAUAUUCCCUGGAGAAUGGAGAAUGUGCACCAGUUCUACAUAGACCGUGCACAUACUACUCACAGUGUCAUUCUAAGAACAACCGAUAUACAUGCGUGAAUGGAAUGUGUGAAUGUGACUCUACAGUUUGGAUAGAAGACAACGGACUGUGCAUAUCACCUGCCGGAAUGUCGUGUGAAACACCAACGUGCGGCCCAAUAACGAACACUACCUGCAAAAAUGAUGUCUGCGCCUGUAUGGACGGUCACGUGCUAAGUGAUGGCGUAUGUGUUACAGUUCUCGAUCAGAUGUGCACGACAAAUGGCGACUGUCCGACUGGAAUGGUCUGUAUUAACGCAACGUGCAGCUGCCCUGAAGGACAGUCAAUAAGGUCUGCUGUUGACACAACAUGCACUCCAGUUCUGGAUAACUCAUGUAGAGACAUCCACGCAUGUGGGAAUCCCUCCCACAAUUACUACAAGCAAAGUUACUACAACACCUGGUACUUAUCGGAUGUUUAUUAUUCAUCAUUUAGAAGAGCCUAUUAUUGCAAUAUGGAAAAUAUCUGUAAAUGCGCUCCUGGGUACAAGCGGACGCCGAAUAACAUGGGCUGCAAGCCAAUUUAUGGAUCUAACUGUACUUCGACCAGUGAGUGUAAGGGUGACUCGACUGUUUUAUCCAAUGCGUAUACUUGCGAUCUCUAUUCCGGAACGUGUUUGUGUAACGAGCGUUAUUCCUACAUUUCUAUUUGGGAAAGAUACCCCCAGAUGAUUUCUUGGGAUCAUAAUGCUUUGUCAUACGAUGAAGGAGUUUGCCAACCUUAUGUGGGCGGCGACUGCUCUUACAACCCUGUGGUACUAGACGACACUGUAUGUACAACAUUCCUUGGCCAAUCAUUCACCUAUGAUAUUUUGAGCUGUACAAACGGGAUUGGGAUUGAAGAGCAUGGCAGUUGUACUGAAAUUCUGGGGAGCGAUUGUUCCAGCUUUGAAGAAACUUGUGGUCUAGUCAACAACGCCACAUGCUCAGAUCAGAGCAAAUGUGCUUGUAAACCAGGGUUCUUUGCCUCUUCACCAGACAGUUGUAUGCCGGUUGUCAACCAUGCCCCGUGUGCUGCAAACAGCGAUUGCUUAGCUCUCGCGGAAAAUACGGAAUGCACUACAGCUAUGUGUAUUUGUGCAAGUGGCUUUAUUGAGAACAACGGCAAAUGCAUAUCUGAAGGCUCUACACCAGACUUCUGUGACGAGGAAGUGCGGGAUAUUCCUGACCUAUACCGAAGGGAUCCUGGGUACAAAACGGCAAAACGAGAAGUCCCGAUACAAGAUCACAAACUUCCGGAAGCAUGGUAUAAUCUAGGCCCUUAUCUACCGUCUGUUGAUUCAGGCAACAUCGCGAAAGGAGACUGUGGGACAUUUUACCCAAUUUACCUUACAGCUGAAGUCUCGUCUUCUGACCACAACUCUUUGGAAGCCGGGAACCAAAUUACCAAAUCAGCAAAAGUAGGCGGGCUUGAGGACUAUGACUUCUCUUCUGGUGUUUACAUAAAACUCCGAAAAUGUGGGUCAAAUUACCUGGCCUACCUAACGAAGGCACCGGUUUCAUACGCUGGAUAUUGCAUUGACACUCUUCGUUUGUCUCACGAUGGUGGUAAUUCAACAGAAUCGACGGUGUAUGUAUCUCAGAGUUUGACUUAUGAGCAAAAAUACAACGCUGCGGGCAUUAUGGAAUAUAUUCCGCAGCUGAGCUUUGCCUGCAAUGUCUGGAACAGAUUUGACGUACAUAAUUACUUGUAUACUGGCUCUUGUGAUGGUUGUUACCAAAACGUGAAUAGGAACGACGGCUUUUACUACACAAUACACUGGUACAUCAAUGGAACCCACGUCAAGGGAAUCGGACCUUAUAACAGGGUUUCUCUAUACCAAGCAGAUCUUACAGAAGAGGAAAUCAUCGAUGAAUUUGGUCAAACGACAGCUGGAUUUGAUAUACAAUGCUCGGCACAGAUGUCAGAAUCAUUGUUUGGUAUGCGUUCAACACCGACGUUUAGUGAAAAGAUUUAUGUUGGAUUCUUCUCUUGGGUUGUCAAUGCCAGUGAGAACGGUGCGUUUGCGGUUGCUUGGCAGUCCCAAUCACCCAUUGGCUGCGUAUCAGAAGAGUAUACCUACGAUGAACAUUGCUCUCUGUGGUUGGGAAUUGAGAAAGAAGGAGAAUGUCCUUUAUUGAAAACAACCAAUGAACAUUACAUGUGUGGUGUGAAUGUCACUGGCUUCACGUAUAAUAAGAUUCAAAAUUAUGGUGGUAAUACUUAUUCUGAUUAUCCCUACAUGCUUCACAGUACCCACAUGUUCUAUCAUAACGAGAACAAUUACGAUGGAAUUCCUGAAACCCCAGAUGAGACCUACGUCACUACAGUAUAUGGCACAAAGAUUUUGAUGUCAGAUGAAACACACGAUUCAUCUAGUGUUUAUAAGGCUUCAUUUGGAAACCUCACCUCGGGCCACAGACUUUGGAAUGGUUAUGAAAUGCCCGAUCUUAAGGUUUUUGUGAGCAGUAACAAUUUUUACCCCGAUCGCUCAUUUUCAAUUCUUUGGGACAGUCUUUCAAAUUCAGCAAUUCUUCGAAAAACAAAUGAAAGAAAUUUGAGUACAGAUAUUCCUUUGACUACAAUUGGCGAAUUCCUUGUACUGAGAAGUAAUAUUUAUCCUGUUGAGGUACAACUUGUUACUGAAGAAAGAACAACAGGAAUCGUUGUCUGUUCUGUGACAUACAGAGACGUCAAUGAAAUAUUUACAUACGACGAAUGUGAAGCGCGUAGUCGAACAGGGUUUCUUUAUGUUGACGACAAUGAGGAUGGUUUGCAGGAUUUGUUCUAUUCGGGUCUCGUGUAUCCCCAUGAGCUGUCAUCGCAAACAAUUUCAUUAAGAAAUAGAAUACAACUAAAAGUUAUAAAGGACUGGGGCAGUGGAUCGCUAUUGUUGCAUCUUUCUGAUGUGAAUAGUCUUGAACCCUUUAAUGAAAUGGACGGAUUGGCUGCAUUCCAAUCAAUGCAAUUUAGACUUAGUGAUGGAGUAUUCAACACCGAGAGUACUGGAUUUGUUGAUAGCUGGAGGAGAACGACAAGUCAGAGCCUGCAGAACCCUUCGAACCAUAAAUCGUUCAGUUAUGAAGACAAUUUCUUCAAGUGUCAUUGUCCAGAAUCGGAAGAACUUUCAGAUACAUAUGAAAUUGCUGAAGAUAAAAUAGUCAACUACACCUAUAAUUUGUGGAGACAAAUUACUAGAAAUCAUUUUAAUAGUGCAUUGAAAUGUUCCAAGACAACUGAAUGUACCAACAGCCAAAGUGGAGAUACAUGGGAACCCUCUACCCUGCCAGAUAUAAUCAAAGUAGAUGACAUAGAAUUCACAUUUGAUGCCAGUCUGAUUUAUUGCACAUUUACACCAGUCAAGCAGAAAACCCAUUUCGUCCAAUGGUACGCCGGAGACACAAUUGCCACAGAAUACUCGUUAGAUGAUGGAACUGGUCCGUACACGUUUGAUUUUAACGACAAUUUGUUCACGUCAUCAGGAGAAGAAUGUCACCUUGACCACCUUUGGUGUGCAGUGACGGUGUAUGACAGCGCCCAACCUACGCCAGUCGGACCAACGGUGUUUAGUGAACCGUUUGACCUUGCAAAUGACCUCCCUACUAGCACUGACCUCGGAUUCUGUGUAAUCGACGGUAACUGUUACUUUGCGAAUGACAUGAAUACAGAAGACAACACCACGGUUUGCUACCCAGCCCUAGAUCCGUACCGCUGGCUGAAAGACCUUACUCUGGACAGAGUUCCUGGCGACUUUUGUGUUCCUGGCGAGAACCAUUGUGACAGUGUCACGGGAGGGGCUUACUGCGAUGACGUCACAAAAGUCUGCACGUGUUUCGAGACGCAUACGGGUGUUGCCACUGAAUGUGCAGCUAUUACCUGUUAUGAUGAAUAUGACUCGGUCUGCGGCCAAAUUGCAAAUGGUGAAUGCAGAAAUGGAGCAUGUGCGUGCAAGAUAACAGCACAUGUUAACCGCGGGAAUGGGGCGUGCGUCGGCAAAGUGGUUGGUAGUAACUGCAACGGAGACGAUGAGUGCAGUAGUAUAGAAGGUUCAUACUGCGGAACAGACCAUCCGAAUCGGUGUGUGUGUGGAGAGCUAUACCAUACAAUUGGAGAAGGCUGCUUCCCUAAGGGUCUCGGCGACACUUGCGUAGAUGACGAUGGAUGCUCUCUCGUAUCAAACGCUGGAUGUUAUGAUCAGGAGACAGGGACAAACUCCCUCUGCGAAUGCAAAUUUGGAUAUGCCGAAAACGAAAAUCGACAAUGUGUAUCUACUGGAGUGAUAACAAAACCGGAUCCGUAUAACUCGCAGCAGUGGUGCUACCAGGAUGAUGAUCAAUGUUCGGCGAGCCUCUGGUAUACCGUCUGUGACGAUUGGUACUGGCAAUGCGUUACCCGUUCCUGCAAUGCCUCCUCAGAAGACGGGGAUGCAUCUUGCAUGUCUAAGCUGCUGUACUGUAAUGCCGAAUCAGGAUUUUGUGAGCCUCAUUUAUGUUCGGCCACUGACCAACGUGAAUGUAAGCUGGACAACUCGGAAUGCGAUGUGGACAAAGGCUACUGUGGUUGUGUUGAUGGGUACUCUAUUUGGAACGGAGACUGUUCACCAGUGAAAGACAGGGCGUGUUUGGAUGAUACCGACUGUCACUCCAAGAAGGGGAGAUAUGUUUGUAGUGACAAUAAAUGCGUAUGCGACUCUGAUAAAUGGGUCGAGGACGAAAACGGGCUAUGUAAAUCAUAUGUCGACCAACCAUGUAGCUCAACUACUCAAUGUGGGAAGGACUCUAAUACAACGUGUUCCGAUGGCCAAUGUGAAUGCAGCGCGGGAUUUGUGCUCAGAGAUGGCGCUUGCAUAACAGUGUUUCUGGCUGGGUGUAAUGAGGAUUAUGACUGUUCCGCCAUGGAGGGUUUGGAAUGUUCUAGCUACGCGUACUACGACGACCAGUUUUUCGGAUGGAAUGACCCGGAGUACUCCGGUGUCUGUGUGUGCAGACCGGGAUAUGCACCGUAUGCCAGGGCAUGUAAACAAGUAUUGGGUUCCCAAUGUGAUGAAUUGAAAGCCUGUGGAAAUGCCAGUCAUUGGAGCUAUUCCUACCACUACUACAGCUGGGGUCAUUAUUACGCGCAGUACUUUAAACAUUACCAUAGCGCCUUCUACUGUGAUGUGUUCGACACGUGUCAGUGUUCUCGUGGUUACAUCAAAAAUGCUGACGGCACUGACUGUAUCGCGCUACACGACAAAGGGUGUACAGUUGAUACUGACUGUGGACCAUUGGGCAAUGGAUACCAGUGUGACAUAUCGCAGUGCAAAUGUAGUCAAUACUUUGUGGAAGUUAGCGGACGGCAGAAUAAUAAUUACUAUUACUGGUGGUAUGACAGUAACGGACAGUCUGAAUACAUCUGUACUCCACAAAUUGGACUCUCCUGCAAUUCGUAUCCUUGUGAGGUACCAGGAGCAUUCUGUGACUACAGCAAUUCACAAGCCAUUUGCUCCUGUGAAAAGGGCUACGAAAAAUCAGGACAGUGUACCAAUUACCUUGGUUCAUACUGUACAUCUGACGAAGUCUGCUCUGUUGUUGAUCAUGCUCAUUGCAAUCUGGAAGUUGAAGCAUGUACAUGCAUUAACGGAUUUAUUGAAGACCACGAGAAUGACCUGUGUACACCCGUCCUCGCACAAUAUUGCGCUGGGGUUGUUGACUGUCCAAUGGAAGGGGCUGUGUGUGACAACAACAGCUGUUCAUGCGUUACUGGAACAACGGAGCACAAUGGACAGUGUUUUUCAAAUCCUGAUUGCGCAGAGGACAUACCCGAUCUACCGGAUAUGCGUAGGCGGUCUAGCCAGUACGAACUGUCUUAUAAUGAGCCAAUGAUCAAUGAUGAUUUACUGAACGCAGAAUGGUACAACAUCGGUCAAAAUAGGAUAUCGUCCGCGUUUAUAACACAAAGUGAUGUUUGCGGAACAAAGUGGCCAAUGUUCCUUACAGAUUCAGUUCCAUCAUUGAACGAUGGAGAGAGCAUCGAAACAUACUUUCAAAUAGGAGGAGGCAGCGGCAUAACGGAGCAGUUUCCGGUCACUCUCAGGAAGUGCGGAAUGAACAACCAAAUCGGCCUCUUUGACGUUCCUCUUGCAUUUUCCGGAUUUAGUUUACAUCAUGAUGUGUCAUCUAACCCGAGCAAAAACUCAACUGGACGAUGGGCGGACAUCGAACAAGACCUUACUUACGACAGCUCCGAUCAGCCACAAAUAGUCUUCAGAUGCCAUGCUCUAGACACCGAGCAUUCUUACUAUCCUUGUUCCACAUGUUACGAUGAAUUCUACUUCUUGAAUGAUGGAUUUUACUAUACUAUCCACUGGUACAUCAACGAUAUAGAAUGUGUGACGUACGGUCCAUUGCCAAGAUCGGAUAUUCGUGCAAGCAACUUGCUAGAAUCAGUUGUCAUGCAGGAGUGUCAACAAAAUGUUGUAGGAUUUGACGUUCAGUGUUCUUAUGAAUGGUCUGAAAGCGUUUUCGGAGAAAGAUCACCUCCAAUAACCAGUGAUAAAUUAACAACUGGCGUAAAGUCGCGAUUCCUGCCAGUGCCAAGUGCCGGCCUUCUGAUAGAAGGUGUGUCGGAGACACCUAUUGGCUGUCUAGACCCAUACGAUCUAGCGUUCACUUGCGAAGUACACUGGCAAUUAGAAGGCAUAAACUGUACAGGUUCUACGACGCCUGGAGCAGAUGAUCACCAUCUCUGCGGAACAACACUUAUUGGAUUGACAAUAACUGGUCUGGCACACUAUUCUUCCUGGAAUGGUUUUAUUGAAUCUUAUCGUAGCGGAUACGCAUAUGAUGCAACUUACGGCGUAAUGAAUACAAAGGCUCACAAGCAUAUUUUUGAAGAUGGAGAAUAUGAUUUAUCUGAUAGAUUUUUAGAGGCCUAUUGCCCUGCUGCCACUGGACAUGCGCUGUGGGAUGGAUACACGAUACCUCCUACUACAAUUUCAUUUGAUAAUUCAACUGACGUUGGAACCUUCUGCCAAGUAACAUGGAACCAUCAGGACAACAUACCAGUGCUGACAAAAGUAAAGGGAGACACCUCUUGGGAAAUACCAAUAGACAUUGUCGGAGAAAUUCUUUUAGUACGGAGCCUGGCAUACCCGAUGGAGGUUCAAAUAAAGACGGAAGUCUGCUCAACAUCUGACAAUGGUGUCUGUGUAUGUGCCUUCACGUUCCGGGAUGGAAAUCGCGUCUACACUGUUGACACAUGCUCGGGAGUAACACGAGAAGGUUUUCUAUGGGCCACAUACCCCGAUAUCCCUGAGCUGAGCUAUACGGAUUCAGGCUUAGUUCGUGUUCUAAACGGCAUGGAAGGUAUGGUAGAUAAAAACUACACUUCUAAGUCUCUGUUUGCAAAUGUAUCACAAGUGCACAGUGAGGAGGCAUUCGUCGACUUGGAUGGAAUAUGUGCAUUUGAGGAUGAAACGUUUAGGAGAAGCACAGGAGGACUUAUGUUAAACAGUGAGGGGUUUCUGAACAGCUGGAGAGUCCCCGUUGGAGACAGUUUGCUAGAACCGAACCUUUCACCAACUCCGUAUGCCUAUGAAGAGGUUUUAUAUGACUGUGGAUGUCCUACAUCAGGCGACCUUAUAGAUACAGGUGAAACUGUCAAUGGUACAUAUGGCCCUGUGUAUGUAGAAUUUUCAGGGGCAACAAAAUGUAGUAAAGCAAGCAGUCGUUCAGUUAAUCACACUGGUGAGGUUUGGACAGGCACGGUUAUCCCAGACUUUGCUAUUGAGAAUGUCACAUUGACGUUUGCAUAUCAGGAGAGUCAGUCCAAAAAGAUGACACGAAUGGCUAUUUGUGAGUUUGAGGGACAAGAAGGAUUUACGUACACAAUUUCAUGGUAUGCCGAUACAUUGAAGUUACACGAGAAUAGUUUGCAAUCGCUGACAACCACCGGACACAACACAGUCUCUAUGGAAACUCUGACAGAUGCUUACAAUAGUUUAAAAGCCUCCGGCAGUUCAUGCAUCAUCAAUCGAAAGUUACGAUGUGCCGUAAGCGUUCAUAACUUGAACGAAGUAGAAGUCCUGCCUGAUUCAUUUAGCGAACCCUUCGAAAUAUUUACAGUACCAGAGAGCCACAUCUCUAUCCCUCGUGGAGCGCACACUAUCCUUGAUGUCAUCGUGAACCUGCCUCUGCUCUGUGAAGAUGGAAAGCCGUGCCAUCUGGAAAUCAAAGUCGUCGACGAGGAUGAUAGCUAUGACUGCUCUGACUCAACUCUCGCUAUCAAGCACAUGCAAACAUGUGGUGACAUCAUUGACGGCAUAAGAGAUCCGAGUGAGCUGAAUACAUUUAACGGUGCCCGGGAACUGGCUCUAACAACGAUAAAAAACAACAAGUAUUCGCUUAAGGACGCAUUUUCACUUACGCUGAUGACGUCAAUGAGCGGGUCCAUUGAUUCAUUUUGGGAUGACUGUACUAUAGAACAGACUGUACAUGUAUUUAUCCGCGAUGUUGAGAGGGAUUACUGGAAAGGAAACUACUGUUAUGUCACAAGCGAUCCAUAUUUUCGGACGUUCGAUGGCGUGUAUUAUAGCAACCAGCAGCUUGGAGACUCCAUCCUCUACGUGAACGACAGAUACAAGACGAUGGUACAGAUAACGACCCAAGAAUGCUGGCCUGGUUCCACUCGGAGUUGCACCUGUGCAACCACUGUCCGCGUGGGCAGAGACGUUUACACAGUAGGUCACUGCAACGGGACACAUCUCAUUGAGUGGAUCAGUGAAGACGACGACGUCCUUGAUGUGUAUUACAUGCCCGGCUACAUGAACAGGUUCUACUUGCCAUACGGAACAAUCGUUGAGGUAACAUAUUACGUGAGCGAGUGGUGGUCUACCAUGAAUGUAUUCGUUUUCCCCUCACCGAACGAUAUGGAAGAGUCGGGCGGACUGUGCGGCACGUUUAACGGCGACUAUAUGGACGAUUUCCUGCACAGGGAUGGUAUCAAAACACCAUUAGAAAGCCAAAACUGGUGGUGGUGGGUUUGGGGAGGCGACCCAGACGCGUUUGCAGGAUCAUGGCAGGCACAUGAGGAAGAGUCCUUGUUAAACAUAGAUUAUGUUGACACAUUGGAGUCAUACUCCAAUGGCGAGAACUUCUGUGUUUGUCCACUCAUCAAUGGCGAGAGACUGCCACUUUGUAACCCUAAAGAGGACCGGAUAUGCAUAGGUGAUGCGUACGCAACAAGACCUGGAAACCAAGUAGCCAAACAGAAUGGAAGACAGCGCCGAUCACUUGAUAUGGAAGACCACAACGCUGUAUACGAUGUGCAUGACAUCAGACAACGCCUAGAUGAUUUAAAACACAUGCGAACAAAGCGCGGAACGGUCCGAGUGCGGCGACAAGCUACAGGGGAUCCUGUGGCGGCCAAUGAGUCCUAUUACAGAGCACUUGCUGAAUGUGAGGCAGAAAUGACAGACAGUUGUAACUCAGAAGCCGCUGGAUCCCUCUCGUCUGUCGCCGGAAGCGCCCCCAAUAAUUGUGCUCAGGACAAGAUGGUUUCCCCUAAUGCCACCGCAGCUGUAGACAUUGCCUGCGCAGGAAUGCAAGCAGCUACAAAACGGGAAGUGGAACGAAACAUAACUGCUUUGGCGGAGUCGGCAGAGGCAGUGAACAUCAUUAUUAACGCUUGUCCAGACAAUUGCUCGUCUAAUGGAGUAUGCAUAAAUGGUACCUGCAUCUGUGAUGAGGGUUAUGACCAGGAAUUGUCAAACUGUAAACUAGCCAUCAAUUUACCGCCCGAAGUCCAGUCACACGUAGAAAACUGUAACCCAAAAAUCAGCACGUGUUGUUACAUCCGCUUUACAACUGUGUCAGGUUGUUCAAGUAACAUAACAUGCAAACAGCAACUGCGAAAGUUCUAUGCUAACAACACCCACGCAGAUGAGGAGGAUACUAAAGCGGGAGUUUGUGACGACGGUUGGACUGCAUAUUGUCCUGUUGAAUGCGCAGGAUCAAGCAGACGACGCAGAGAAGCGGGAGAAAAUACUCUCAUGGGAACAGCGUCCAACGUUUCAUUGAGUAACGACAACUCUUCGUUCAGUGCACCAGAGCUAGUGACCGUUCUUGACACGGCGUGUUUGACGUAUGACGCCACAUCCAACUCCAUUACACUCGCUUCUGACUACUGCCUGGUUGACGGUGUAUGUUACGGAAACUACACUGCGUUUGACGACUGCUCCGUGUGCGACCCCAAUGUCGACCAGUUUGACUGGACGCUGUUGAGCGACAAAUGUCAGAUAGGCGGCGUUUGUUACCCAUCCGGCAAUGUCUCCACAGAUAACUGUCUGUACGGUUGUCAACCGAGUGUGGACCAGUACAUAUGGACGGAAAGGUCGGAGGUGUGUCAAAUCGAGAGUGAGUGUUAUAUGGACGGUGUUAACAAGUCGGCAACAGAAGACUGUCUUUAUUGUAACGUCACAGUGGACCAGUUUGCAUGGACGAAACAGAAUGCCUCCUGCUAUAUCGCUGAUGUCUGCCACUACAACGGCGACUCCAAAUCCGCUGACGAGUAUUGCAUGGAAUGCCGACCAGACACCAACCAGUUUGACUGGUCACAAACGUCUGAUACCUGUCACAUCGGCGGCAGCUGCUACGACAACGACAACACGUCUACUGACACCUGCCUCUUCUGUAACGCCACAAUGGACCCGAACCAGUGGACACAAACGACGAACUCGUGCAUGAUUGACAGAGCAUGUUACUAUGAGAACGCUACCUCCACCCAGACUUGCCAAACCUGUCUACCAUCUGCAGACCAGACAAGCUGGACCCUCACUAGCGGAUACUGCAUCAUAGAAGAUGUUUGUUACCAGACGAACACGCUUAACCCGACAGACGAAUGUCGUUACUGUAACAGUGACAUGGACUCGACCACAUGGCAGACGAAUACUUCUCAAGAAUGUCAACAGCAGCAAGAGGAGUCUGGUGGCUCGUCUGUAGGAAUCAUAGCGGGGGCUGUUGUCGCCACUGCUGUCGUCGUAGGCGGCGUGGCUGCGGGAAUCUUUAUCUACAAAUACAUGAAGAAACAGAACUCCAUCACUGCAAGAGCGAGUGCAGGACUUUUCGAUAGCGCUGGAAAUAAGCACUUCAAACUUCGAGUCGAUCAAGACCCUUCCGCGUCCAAGUCUACCUCUUCCGCGCCGCCGAUGCCGUACAAGCUGCCAAAGGAGGUACUACCUCAAGGAACAAUGAGCGCCCCGGUGAACCUGUACACAGACGCGACUGGGGACCACCCAGCACCGGCUCCUGUAGGGGCCCUUCCACCGAUUAUCGGCCUGGGGGGCGGUCCGGCCCCUGCCUUGAACCUACCGCCGGCGGAAUGAUGCUCAGAUAUAAGAAACAGUUAUCAGACUUAAAAAUACAUACAUGUAUCUACAAGGAUAUUUUGAAGUGAAAAUAAUUAAUUUUUGUAUACAUUUCGUUUAUUAUAUUAGGUUUUUUAGUUUAUUUACAACGUUUAUGUCAAUACCACUUGAUAACCAUCUUUACGAGUACCUAUUUUUGUGAGAUAAAUACUCAAAGGUCAAUUUAAAUGUUCAAUGUUGAUGUUUACACUUUUGUUAGAACCACUUUAUUUAAGUCCAUUCAAUACAUGAAAUGAACAUGUUUUGUUGUUGAACUUUUAAUUAAUUAUAUUUUUUGUUAUAUUUUUCUACUUUGUUUACUAAUUGUAACAUUUUAUUUCGUAAAUAAUGUAGUUGUGUUUUUCUUUUUUGUGCUACACUUGAAUUGUAUAAACUAAUAAACAUCGGCAGUUGUAUGUGUAUUUCGUAAUUUUAAAAAAAGUGUGUUUUUAUAUGCUCACUUUAAGACAUACUAUUUCUUUCCAAACCAUCGCCGUAUACUUUUUACAUAUAUAAUAAUAAAUGUUUUGGGUUUUUUUAAGGCAAAAGUUUACAAACAAAUGCUGUUUUAGUGACUGUGAUAUUGCGUGUUAUGACGACACAACACAUAGCUGUGAUACUUCCUCUGUGAUAAAGUUUUUUUAAUAGAGCUUUGCUUUGAUUUUUAUUCCAGAUACAUACUUUGUUUUAAAUGUAUUAGUAGUUCAUUUUGGUCUUUAUCAUUUCUAACAGCUAACUUACUAAAUAACGUUUUAUUUUAAUAUUUCUUUUUUAAUAUGCAGUUUUUACAUUUUUAGAUUAAUAAACAGGGUUAACAUAUUUUGUUUAGCAAAACUAUCCGUUGAUCAUUUUAUCUUUAAUAAAACGUUCUUCUCUG